AUGGAGACGUACUCCUUUGCUAUGAAUGACAACAACGAACUUAAGUGUACAGAUAUUGUUAGAGUGUCCGAUGUUUUACGUUCGUUUCUCGCUUCUCCAGAAGACGCUUCUGAAGACGCAGCCAAGUUUGCCAAGAGUUUUUUCCUAGGAGGUGAAAACGUACUGUGUGAUUUGAUAUCCAAGAUCUCAGUUCGAUUUAGUAAUAACAGCUUGUCGCAAAAUGGCACCAGAGUAGAAACAUCUAAAGCACAAGAAAUUUGUAAUUACUCUACUCGGCAUGAUUGCCGGGAAAUGCUAAGCCGGGAAAAAGAUGCUCGCUGUCAAGGUGGAAAAAUCUGUACACACUUGCUCGAUUUCAUCGUCCUGUUGAUGGCUGCGGUUGGAAACUUUACAGCGGCAACAGUUGAUGAAACAAGCCAGAAAUCUGAGAGAAAAUCUAUUCCUGUUGACUUGACGGAGGAGGAGGAGAGGACAGAAAACUCUUUUAAAUCCUUCUCGCUGAGAAUAUGGAAAAGAGGAGUACAGAGUACAUCACUAUUUAAAGACAAAAAAACAAAUGGAACACCUAAAUAUGAUAAAAGUAGCCAAUGUAACGACGUUAUUACAUCUGAGAGUGCUUACAGAGAAAAUAAUGAGAAAAAUACAAAUGAGAAGGAAGCUCUCAAAAGCGAAAAACAUGAAGUGAAAUUCACGGAAGAAGAAACAAAAUGGACAGCUCUGGUUGGUGCCGUCCAUCAGGAACAGUCAUCAGAUGGCGAAAAUGCACACAGACACUACACUCAUAAGAGCAAAGACAAUACAGAUGCAGGUGAUUCGCAACAGAAAACAUCUAAAAGAAAACUUCCACAUUUGAUAGACAGUUUUUUCAAGUCGGCCUCAGUUGAUGUCGAGGCUUCGGAACCUAGGGAAUCAAAAUGGCCGGAAAAAGUUAGAAACUUACAAGAAGAAAAAGAGGCGAUAACGAGAGAAAACUGCGCUCUUCAGUCUCAAGUAAACGGGUUAUUCCGUGAAAACAAUGAAAUGAAAAGUUUCCUAAGGAAACAGCAAACAGAGAUAGAGAGUUUGAGUCAGGAAUACGGUCUGCUUCAGAUAAAAUUAGAAGAGCAGGAACAAAGCACUAAACACCAGACAUUUCUACUGAAUUCUCGUCUAGAACGACUUCAAAACGCGAAGCUUAUAGCUGAUCAGCGAUGCUUAAAUUUAAGCCUCAAACAAGAACGUCUUGUUGUCUAUGAAGAGCAUGUUACGAUGAUCUGUCUCCGUGUCAUUACAACAGUAAGAAGGGAGUUGCAAGACACAAAGGCGCUGUUCGAUGAUCGACCGAUGGAAAGAUGUUCUGCUACUAUGACAAACAUGACAUGGGAUGACUGUCAAGUAAACGGGGAGGGGAUGACAUUACUUGAUGUCCACAAGAACCUUCAAAAAGAAGUGUUGGAACUAGUCGAAAGGUACAGAACCAUCAAACAGGCACUGGCUACAGCUAGAAACCAAGGAACACACGAAAAUCAUUAUGACGAACAAGUGAUGUUAGACAACAAUUCAACCACAGAGUCAGAUUCUAGUUGUUAUGUAGUUCGCCAUCACUGUGCUCAUGGAAAUGAAGGAUGUCUAUUCUUUAAUCUGGAAAAUGAAUGCGUUAGGUGUGAGCGAUGCAACAGAGAAAUAUCUUUUAGGAUGGGUGUCAAAACAAAUAGAAAGGGUAACAAAGCCAAGCAACGACUAGAAAAACAAUUUUACAUGUCAUAAAAGACUUUUCAAGGAAACAAUAUAAAGAUAUUUCAGAACAGUGGCUAACUCCAUGACUCAAUCAGUUGCUUCAUCACUAUUAGAUGUUAUCAUAAUUAAUUUGGAAGCAUGCCUUAAAAGCCAUCCACAUGAAGCAUGCACGCCACAGCAGUUGCAAACCCUGAUAAUAGUUCUGAGAAGGAGUAAUAGUGCACUAAAAAACUUUGAUAGAGUAAUGUUAAAACGAUUGUCGAAAGUAAUACGAGAUUGCUUUAGUUUUGCUUUACUUUGCUCUGUAAUAUUGUUCGACAAAACUUACGCCAUCCUCACGCAAUCAAUCAGCAGAUGCAAAACGUAAGUCAAUUAUGACUUGGUUUUACUCACGUUUUCUGGCGCUUUACGCUGUUGGCUUAUUUUGUUCUUAUUGGCUCCUUGUGGUGUGUUCCCCUGUGUACAAAUGGUGGUUGUAAUUACUGUUAUUUUGGAUAAAGACACUAAAUCGAAAAGCGCCCUAAGAAAUGAGCUGUAAGCAAAUAUAGUCCCGCCUUCUCUGUAGGUUUUCCGCUCUUUCAUUUCUCAGAAAUAGGGAACAGAGUUUAGCGGCUAGGGUUAGCAGCAUCAAAUGUGUUUGAGGUGAAGCAAAAUAAAGUUGACCAUAAUUCUACCACGCAUUUUAUGAAAACGUGCUCGCUAUCAUUAUUGCUCUGAGUGGGUGAUUGCGCAGAACUGAUUGUCAAACCAGUAAAGAGUAAAAACGAGUGGUUUCUAUUUCAAAACGACUGUAAAUACCGUCUGACUUGCAAUUUCGAAUCGAGCUAAGAAUUGCCUUUGACCAAAUCUUUUGGGGUGUUUUCAAAUCUCCCUCUAUAGUUUAGUUAAGAGGUUUAAUUUUUCCUGCGCAAAUUAAACAAGAAAAGGAAAACGAAACAAACAAUGAAAAACAAAAAGUCUAAUGAUACCAAGCGUAAGAAGGGUGCAACAAUGCUGUGUGAUUCGCCAAAUUUUUUCGAAAUUUAGAUUCCUAUUAUUAGCAGUAUUUACAUUUUAACAAUUGCAAUCAAUCUUGCGAAUCAUUUGUUUGUUUUUAGUUUUUCUCUAUUGAAACAGAUCUGAUGUCAACAAAUGAAUUCUCGUCUUUGCUUUUGAAAGAAAAGUGAAAACAAAUCACAGAAUACAAUAUCAGGAAGUUGGAGUCUAAAAGAUUCGCGCUGUGGAAACCGGAUUAAAAGGUUGGAGUCGGCGAACUCUGGCCGAGUUACGUCUUCCACAGGCAACUUGUCCUGAUAUUCCCACUCUCCACCCUGGACAGAAAAUAGAUUCCGGCGAACUAUCGAGGAUGCUCGACUACAUACUGUGUGGGCAACUGCAUUGGAGUGGCUUAUACCACCCAUGAAGGAGUAAUAAUACUUCAAGAUACUGUAAUUGAGGCGAAAGCAAUACGGAUAAGCCUCGUCCGUGAGCUGUAUGAGUCAGUAUCGUAUCCAGGUUUCAAGGAGUUUUGGCCUCGCUCGGAAUUUUGCAUGCGGCAUGAGUUCAGUUUCCAUGGCUUCGAUAGUGUGUAGUUGUCACGAUAUAACAUGAUUAGUUUGAAGCAAAAAACUGUUAAAUCAUAAUUUAUUUAUUGCGUUCUUAGCUUUGUUUAUUAUUCAUAAGUCCUCUUUUCUCUUUAAAUAACUUUUUCUCUGACUAAGUUAAACGAGAAAAGAGCGAGAUAAGUCCAAAAAGAAAAAAACAAUUGGCAAACACUUUCUCAGCGCUCGACGCAAAGAAAGUUGCUCUAGACUUGAAGUUUGUAUACAUUUAUCUCGAUCAGUAAUACGUCAGAUUGAAUAUCUUUGAUCAUUCGCUACAUUCUCACAACCAUACCUUUGACCUCGAGUUUGAACUUGGCAAUUAUCUGUCACAGAAGUUACUGGUAAACUGGACUAAGUUUCCGUCUCACGAUUCUGACAACAAAGGAUUUCAGUUUCCGAAGAAACCCGGUAACUGCGUCGCAGAUAGAUCAUGUCGGCUGUGAAUAAGCGAAAAAAAUCAUCCGGGUUACUGGAUCAGGUGUAUGGAGAUGACACGGAAGCUUUCUUAAACGAUUUGGUUAAUGACGAUUUUUCAGAUUGGAAGAACUUUGAUAACAACGCCUCUGAAAAUGCAAAGCAGCAAACCAGUGAUGUCAAUAGAGGAGAACGUUCUGUGAACUCUGUUGAAACCAUCGAACCCAGAGUAAAGGAAGUUGUGCCAGUCAACAGAAGCAAACAAAAUACGUCGGUAGCGAAACCCUUAACAACAGCAGGAAGAAAAAUAUCGAAAGAAGAAUUAGCGCUAACCACAAAAGCUACAUGUCAUGUUCAAAGUUCGCCGAGAAAGUGGUCUCGAUUCCCACAAAGAACUCCUGAACCGUCUCCGUGGUUGAAGAAAAAGACUUACGAUUCUCCUAAACAAACUGAGACAAGUAAAGAUAAUGAUUCACUCAACGAAACUAAUAUUCAGGAAUCUUCUGACCAACUGCCGCAAGUUGAAUUUGAGCAAGAGACCUGGGAAGAGGAGCUAGAGCGAAAUUUUAAAGAGAGGCAAAAUAAGGUGGCAAAUUAUCUCAAGACUCUGCAGCUAGAGAAUAAAAAAGAGCGCUGGAAUACAGACAAACAAUCGCGGCGGAAUUCAGUUAGUUCCGAGGAUUCAGUAGCGACAAGUUCUUCUUCGUCAUUCUCUAUUUCUGAUCAUAACACUGAUUUAAAGUAUAACUCAGCAUGCACCGUAGAAGAAUUAGUUGAUCACAAAAUGAAAGAUGUGGAAAACAAGUUUAACAGCAGCAUUUGCGAUGCGUGGGUCGACGAUGUCGAACUUGCUUUGCUUUUGAUUAAGAAAAAAUCCAAACAAGCAGACGUGAAAAAAAGUGAAGUUAAAAGCUUGUUUGACGACAUCUUAGAGCAAAAGUAGGAAUAUCCAUAUUUCUUUUUCCACCGUUUGCUUCCAUUUGCAAAGCUCAUGCUGAUCAGUACUGAUAGAACUUCUGGUCAGACUUGAUGGGAGACUGUGGCUAACUGUUUAGCAACGUAAACGGUGGAUCAUGUAGUCCACAUUUGGGCUUUGACCAAGUCAUGAUAUUGUGUUUUGGGGCAAGAGACUUCAAUCUCACGGUGUCUACCUUCGUCGAGGAAAACACAGUCGAAUUUAAGGGCCGAGUACUUCAAAACGAGACAAAUUUCUGGGGAUUACACGCCAUAGACUAGUAUCCUACUCAGUCGGGAGGGGUCAUAUAUCUCAUUAUGGCCACAUGUUACAGAGACCUGGCUAAGCUGCCACCUGACGAUGUACCACUAGGCCCUGACACUACGUCUUAUCAGAACAUAAGUUGUUGACAAAGAUUACAGUCGGAGGCUUUGUGGUUUACCAAGCAGAACAUUUAUAAUGUGAAAAAGAGCCUCUUUACAUUCUCGAGUCAAUCAUAUUGCUCUAAGUAAAUAAAACUUGCGGCUGCUUUUCCACAUUCCCUCUGAAAAAGCAACACCGACGUGCAACUUACGCCAUAAGUAUCACACUUCAUUUGCGGAGGCCUCACAAGAACUUCUGAUGCGUUCUCCGAAGUACAGGAAACUCGUUUUAGUAUUAAUGUCAUGAUGCUUCAGCUGGCCUUUCAAGUAGAAGCUAUCUGACUCCGUGUUUUAAACCAUGCAGCUGUCCCUUUGGACAGAAAAUACUGUUCCGGGCUUUUGAAAGUCAUAUUGUUUACUUUUGUCGUUUCGGUUCACAGACGUGAUAAUUACGAAAAGAGGACACGAUUGAUCAGUUCAGAAUGCGUGAAUGCAUUUUCAAAGAAUUCAAAAUAA